AAUUGAAGCAUUGUUAGCAGAUGCUGGUUUGGACCACUUUCCUGAAAUGGUUCUCAAUCGCCAGGAACGGGGAGCCUUUUUGAAGCGAUCUCACAACGCUGAAGCUAAACUGCAGGGGCCGAAGGACUUGGAAGACCAAGACAGCGAAAAGUUCAAGCGCAAAGUUGCUGCAGGAACUGUUAUUGAAGGUGCCGAGCUUACAAUCGAUCUGUUGAAAGACGUCCUAAAUGUUCUCGCUAACGUGAAACGCAAAUGCGCCGUUGGGUUUCACAACCAAAGUGGACUUGACUGGUAGCAGGGUUCUUUCUACUUCUUUUCUGGCACUGCGGGCGAAAACUUGCCUUAUUCUGUUGAUAAUGGUAAAAGUGAAUUUCGUAUUUACAGAGGCUGCCUAGUGUAGUAGUAAUUGUAUCUAUAACAAAAUUCUCGAUCGUGAUUGGUUCUCCGCGAGCUUA